ACCGGGGAGUGGGGUCCGUGCCGGUUGUAGUGCACAUGGUGUGCUGAGGGAAAAAAAUCCUUUAUUGUGGUUGUAAAAUCAAUCAUCAGUAUUUUGUUUACGUCUGAAACGGCGAGGCACGCCUUAAAUGCGGGAUACUGGCAGGAUGGAGGACGAGGUUGAGUUUGAAGAAGGCGAGGAACCUUCCUUUAGCGACCCGGAGGACUUUGAAGACGACAUCAGUGAUCAGGAGCUCCUGGAGGACGUCCUCCGAGAGAGACCUCAGGAGGCAGAUGGCAUCGACUCUGUCAUUGUGGUGGACAAUGUACCACAGGUUGGACCAGAGCGUUUGGAGAAGCUGAAAAAUGUCAUCCAUAAGAUCUUCUCUAAGUUUGGCAAGAUCACCAACGAGUUUUAUCCUGAGGCUGAUGGCAAGACCAAGGGGUACAUCUUCCUUGAGUAUACCUCCCCUGGCCAAGCCGCAGAAGCCGUGAAGAAUGCUGACGGGUACAAGCUGGACAAGCAGCACACCUUCCGGGUCAACAUUUUCACAGACUUUGACAAGUACAUGAACAUCAGCGACGAAUGGGAGACACCUGAGAAACAGCCAUUCAGAGACUUUGGGAACUUGCGGCACUGGCUGGAGGAUCCUGACUGUCGUGAUCAAUACAGCGUGAUCUUUGAAUCUGGCGAAAGGACAGGAAUAUUCUCCAACGAUGUCAAAGAGCCAAUCUUGGUCGAGGAACGGCCGCGCUGGACGGAGACCUACGUCCGCUGGUCUCCCAAAGGUACAUACCUGGCCACGUUCCACCAGAGGGGUAUCGCACUGUGGGGGGGGGAGAAGUUCAAGCAGAUCCAGAGAUUCAGCCACCAGGGCGUCCAGCUGAUUGACUUCUCACCCUGUGAAAGAUAUGUGGUAACCUUUAGUCCACUAAUGGACACGAAGGAAGACCCGCAGGCUAUUAUAAUCUGGGACAUUCUGACUGGACAGAAGAAGAGAGGCUUCCACUGCGAGAGCUCAACACACUGGCCAAUCUUUAAGUGGAGUCAUGAUGGAAAAUUCUUUGCCAGAAUGACCCAGGACACUCUCAGCAUCUAUGAAACACCAUCAAUGGGGCUUCUAGACAAGAAGAGUCUGAAGAUCAGUGGAAUAAAGGACUUCUCUUGGUCUCCAGGGGACAACAUCCUUGCCUUUUGGGUACCAGAGGACAAAGACAUUCCAGCAAGGGUGACUCUGAUGCAGAUGCCAUCCAGGCAAGAGAUCAGAGUCCGCAAUCUCUUCAACGUGGUGGACUGCAAACUACACUGGCAGAAGAACGGCGAUUACCUCUGCGUGAAGGUGGACCGGACCCCUAAGGGCACCCAGGGUGUGGUCACCAACUUUGAGAUCUUCCGGAUGAGGGAGAAGCAGGUCCCCGUGGACGUGGUGGAGAUGAAGGAGAGCAUCAUUGCCUUUGCUUGGGAGCCCAAUGGCAGCAAGUUCGCCGUCCUUCAUGGCGAGUCGCCCCGCAUCAACGUGUCCUUCUACCACGUGAAGAAUAACGGCAAAAUCGAACUGAUCAAAAUGUUUGAUAAACAGCAAGCAAACAGCAUCUUCUGGAGUCCUCAAGGCCAGUUUCUGGUGUUGGCUGGGCUAAGGAGCAUGAACGGUGCCCUGGCUUUCGUGGACACCUCGGACUGUACGAUCAUGAACAUCGCCGAGCACUACAUGGCUUCUGAUGUUGAGUGGGAUCCCACUGGCCGAUACGUGGUGACCUCUGUCUCCUGGUGGAGCCAUAAGGUGGACAAUGCGUUUUGGGUCUGGACAUUUCAAGGACGGCUCCUGCAGAAGAACAUCAAGGAUCGGUUCUGCCAGCUGCUCUGGAGGCCACGGCCACCUACCCUACUAAGUCAGGAGCAGAUCAAGACCAUCAAGAAAGAUCUGAAGAAGUACUCAAAGAUCUUUGAACAGAAGGACCGUCUGAGUCAGUCCAAGGCCUCUAAGGAGCUGGUGGACAAGCGGCGCACCAUGCUGGAGGAAUACAGGAAGUACCGCGAGGACGCAUUGAAUAUGUACCAGGAGCAGCGCCCCCUGCGCCUGCAGCUCCGGGGAGGUGUGGACACGGGUGAACUCGACAGCAACGUUGACGACUGGGAGGAAGAGACGAUUGAGUUUUUCAUCAACGAAGAAAUAAUUCCCAUUGGAGAUCUGGCGUAGUCCACUAAAUCUGACUUCGAAGCGCUCAGUUGCAUGGUGGAGGAGAAGCGUCUGGGAUCUGACCACUGACCCUGCUGGUUCAGCACAGUGCUUGUGCCUUUUAAUACUGCGGUGAGAGGAUCUUGAGCUACAGUCUUGCUUUUUCUGACGUCUUUCCUGAACUGAGACCCCCCCCCCCCCCCCAUUUUUAAUUUCUGGUCCACAUAGUGAAGGAAGGGAGUGAGGCCACAUGGCCCCAUGUGCCGAGGCCCAGUGGGGCCAACCCCCACGCCCGGGGGUCAUGACAGGGGUCCGUGUGAAUUUUAGCGUGCAGAGACAGCACUACAGCGGCCUUUAUCCUCCCCCUUUCAGGUUACCUGCUAUUAAAUGUGCAACACGGCAAUAAAGUCUGUCGAAUCCACCCAGA